AUGAUGUGUACCCGAAGGAAUAUUCAAGAGAAAUGCCGCGUACAAGAUAACGACGUAUACAUCAAAUUUGUCGACUUGCAGAAGCCGUUUUCUACGAUCAUAUCUAGUAAACAUUCUUCUUUCGCUUUUGAUUCUCUUCCUUUCUUUCCUUCGUACAUCUAUUUUCUGAACAUCGACGGCUUGCGGUUUCUAUUCGCCAUUUGUUUCUUUAUUGGAUUCUUUCCUUGCCUUCCCAAAUUCUUUUAUGAUUCUCUUCACCAAUCUCUUUACUUUCAAUCUUUCAUUUUAAAACGUCCUUUCACUAAACGUUGCGCUUAUUUUUUUUCCCCGGCAUAUACAAGCAGGGACAACCGAUGCGCAUGUAAUAAUGGAAAACACAGUCUAUCUAUCUAUCUAUCUAUCUAUCUAUCUAUCUAUCUAUCUAUCUAUCUAUCUAUCUAUCUAUCUAUCUAUCUAAGUCUCCUCAUUAUCUAUCUAUCUAUCUAUCUAUCUAUCUAUCUAUCUAUCUAUCUAUCUAUCUAUCUAUCUAUCCCAGUCUCCUCAUUAUCUAUCUAUCUAUCUAUCUAUCUAUCUAUCUAUCUAUCUAUCUAUCUAUUUAAUUCUUUUUGUGUCUUGUAUAAAUUAUCUAUCUAUCUAUCUAUCUAUCUAUCUAUCUAUCUAUCUAUCUAUCUCUCACCAAAAAAUGCUUUUCUUAAAUUUAUAAUUGAUUUUGUAUUUUUCUACUCUUUCUCCUAUUACGCCUAUCUCCAGCACAAUUAUCUAUCUAUCUAUCUAUCUAUCUAUCUAUCUAUCUAUCUAUCUAUCUAUCUAUCUAUCUAUCUAUCUAUCUACACACACAUACAUACAUACAUAUAUAUAUAUAUAUAUAUAUAUAUAUAUAUAUAA